UGACGAAAGAAAGAAAAGAAAGAAAGCUUCCACACUCUCAAUCCUCUGCAGAAAUUGAGAUGAACAGUUCGUUCUGAUUCAUGUGAAUCUUAGCUUCUCUGCUUCACUGGUGUUUCUGGGGUAUUGAUUGAUUAACUUUCCUGGAUCUGUUUUUUUUUUCGUUUCUGAGAAGCAAAAUGAUAAGGAUGAACUUGAGAAGAGGGAUACUAUCUGUGUUCUUCUUCGUCGUCUUGCUGUGCAACGCUUCCACUUCUUCAUCCGAAGCGAUCACAAUAAAACCAAGACAUUUAUCUUUGCUAAAAAGUGCUUUACAACGGCCAAGUGGGGAGCAGUCUGAUCUAUGGAAGCCAAUGACAGAUCAAGGAUGGAGUCCAUGUCUCGAUUUAGAAGAUCCCCCUUCAUUACCGGAUAAAACCAACGGAUAUAUCCAAGUGUUUCUCGAUGGAGGACUUAACCAACAACGAAUGGGUAUAUGUGACGCAGUUGCAGUUGCUAAGAUCCUAAACGCAACUCUCGUGAUCCCAUUUCUUGAAGUCAAUCCCGUUUGGCAAGACUCAAGUUCUUUUGUUGAUAUAUUUGACGUGGAUCAUUUUAUCGAUUCCUUAAAGGAUGACAUAAGAGUAGUUAAAGAACUUCCUGAGGAAUAUUCUUGGAGUACAAGAGAGUACUACGCCACAGCUGUCCGUGAGACACGUGUUAAAACUGCACCUGUUCAUGCUUCUGCACAGUGGUAUGUAGAGAAUGUCUCACCACUUCUUCACAGCUAUGGGAUUGCUGCUAUUUCUCCAUUCUCUCACCGUCUAUCGUUUGAUCAUUUACCUGCUGAGAUUCAAAGGCUGAGAUGCAAAGUAAACUUCCAAGCUUUACGGUUUGUCCCUCAUAUUACAUCGCUUGGUGAUGCUCUUGUGAGCCGUCUUAGAAACCCUUUGUGGAGAAGUGACAAGGAAAGAAAGAGUGUGGAUCAUUUGGGAGACAUGACAAAUCCACAUAGCAGACAAGAACCAGGGAAGUUCGCUGUUCUUCAUCUUCGCUUUGAUAAGGACAUGGCUGCUCAUUCAGCAUGUGACUUUGGUGGAGGCAAAGCAGAAAAACUUGCAUUGGCCAAGUACAGACAAAUGAUUUGGCAAGGAAGAGUGUUGAACUCUCAGUUCACAGACGAAGAGCUAAGAAGUCAAGGACGUUGUCCUCUAACACCAGAAGAGAUGGGACUUCUCUUAGCUGCUUUCGGUUUUGACAACAACACUCGUCUCUAUCUCGCCUCCCACAAGGUAUAUGGAGGAGAAGCUAGAAUCUCAGCGUUAAGACAAGUUUUCCCAAGAAUGGAAGACAAAAGAAGCUUAGCUUCUUCAGAAGAACGAGCUAGAAUCAAAGGCAAAGCUUCUUUACUAGCUGCACUUGAUUACUACGUGAGCAUGCACAGCGACGUGUUCAUCUCUGCGUCACCUGGAAACAUGCACAACGCUCUCGUUGGUCAUAGAACGUUCGAGAAUCUCAAGACGAUUAGACCGAACAUGGCGUUGAUAGGACAGCUUUUCUUGAACAAAAGCAUCACUUGGGUUGAUUUUCAACAGGCGCUUGGUGAAGGUCAUGUGAAUAGACAAGGGCAGAUCCGGUUAAGGAAACGCAAACAGUCUAUUUAUACUUAUCCGGCUCCUGAUUGUAUGUGCCAUGUUUGAUCAUGAACGAGGCUAUGAUAAAAUAGUUAUACAUUUUGGUUAGAAAUCUAGUACUAUGUUAACUUUUUUUUUAUCUCUAUAUAUAAACUUUUCUUAAUUAAUUAAAAGAAAAUCAGUGCGUUGAUA